ACUCGCUAUUUCUUCUUCGGGUUUUAACAAAUAUUCAAACAAGUGUUUGCUUGCUAAAGUUUCUUUGUACGAAAAUUCCACAAGUUUAUGGACAUUUGAGAGAAUUUUUCUUUUCGUCUCACUAUUAUUAAGCAUCAGAAAAUGGUUUUAAAAUCCAUUAUACGUUUCCUCAAUUUACUGGGUAUCCUGGCUAUCGCUACCAGUGCUUUUUCUUCAAAUAUUCAUGAGCAGAUGACGUCAGCUGAGAUUUUCGAGACUUUUGGUUCCGAUUCAAUUCCAGACUAUCAAGUAUUCGAGGUCACGUUGCCUGGGAUGAGGCGAAAACGAAACGUUGACAAAGAAUUUAGAAUGUCGUUUGAACUUAAUGGCACAAAAGUUGACUUGAAAUUGAAAUCUACGGAGGGCCACUUGGCGAGUAAGUACACUCCCGUUUGGUUAGCGAUUUCUGAUCCCAAGGCCUACAACAGUAUUCGCUACGAGCCCCAACCCAAUGCACUAACGGAUAUCGGUGAAUUCAGAAUGUUCCACGAUCUGAGCAAAGACGCGGCUGUGGUAGUGUAUAAGGAUCCUGAACAUGGAUUGAUUAUGGAAGGAAUCGUGACGCAAUCCUUUGCAAUAAAAUCUCUACCGAAGCGAUUAGUGAACGAAGUCCUCAAAGUUGGAGAACACGUGAUCGAGAGACCGGUUUCGAAAAGAUCGAUGGGAGAAUUCAACGUGGAAGAAGAAACGAGUUAUUACGCUGUUUUCGCGGUCGAGCCUCCACCGAAGAAUGCCAAGCGAAGCGCAGCGGUGAAUCCAGCUGAGUUUUACCGUGUUAAAAAAGCCUAUCGCGGGUGCCGACAGUAUGCUCCGCCAGUUGUAUAUCCUGAAAUUUUGCUCGUUCUCGAUCAUAAUGCCUUGAGAAACCAUACGAUGACUCAGGUCCUCAGAUUUGUCUUGGCUUUUUGGAACGGAGUUGACAUGACUUAUGCAUCGUUGAGUAGACCGAAAGUGCGUCUCAAUAUUGCCGGCAUUAUUGUUGCUGCGGACGACAACGCAACUCCUUACAUCACCGAAAAUGCAUCGGACAAAUUCAUUGUGAAUGCGGAAGGAAAACUCUUGAAGAAAAUCGGCGCCUAUUUCUACAAGGAACAUGCCAGAUUUCCUUUCAGGCAUUACGACAUGGUGAUGGCAAUGACGACGGCAACAAUGUGUGAGAAGGGGAGCGAUCCGUGUACAGUUUACUUAGGAGUGGCUACGAUUGAAGCUGCUUGUACGUUGCACGAAUACGCACAAAAGUCGAAGGCCAUUUGGUCAACAGGAAUUUUCCAUUUCGAUUGGAAUUACGGUGGUGUCAUAACGGCCGCUCACGAAGCAGCUCAUUUAUUCGGGGUUCAUCACGAUAUAGGCUUCAAAUAUGGAGGGCGCAAUCGCUGCAACUUGGAUGAUGGUUACGCCAUGACACCAGCGACGGAAUACAUCCGUCAUGGUUUCAAAUGGUCCAGAUGCAGCAUCGACGAUUUUCGCAAAUACUUUUCUUCAGCAGAUUCGGGAUGUUUGGACAACACGCCAUUGUGGAUGAAACCCGUCGCUGAAAUAUUACCGGGUAGAUGGUUAACACUGCACGGACAAUGCAGGAAUGACGGUAUGGAAAAGGGGUGCGAGGUUCCGAACGUGCCGAUUUGUUAUGUAAAAGGCUGCAAAGCUGAAGGUUCCGAUGAAUGCGUUCCUAAUCAGUGGCAAACUUUGCUAGGCACCAAAUGUGGUGAUAACAAGUUUUGCAACUCGAAAAGGCUCUGUGUGAAAAAUUAAGAGGAAACACACUUGGGCUUCGAGUCGACGUUGUGAGCAGUUUGAUGAAAACAAACUACAACUUUUUUGUAUGUUUAUCGAAGACGAUGACGAGUCAAUUGAGUCGAAUGUGGGGAAAAAAUAAACAAAAUUUUCAUGGAAAGAAUUGAAGUGGAAUAAUUUAUGAUUCAAAUGUUCGUAAAAUCGAGUCGAAUAUUGUAACAAUAAAAGCUUUCAAUUUUUAA